AUGGAAGCGGGUCCCGGGCCCGGUCCGCGCUCCGGAGCACCGGGCAGUGCUGCCCCCGGUAGGCACUGCCUUUCCGCUGGGAAAGUUUCCAGUGUAGGUCAGACUGCUGCAGUGAAUCAAAGUAAGGAGGAAAAGAAAACAGAAAAUGAAGCUGUGAAUAGACAUCAAAAAGAUGUCCAGUGUGAGCCAAGCUUCAUAAAAGACAGACUGAAGCUUUAUGAAGCACUGAAGAAAGAACAUGAUGCUUUGCUAGCUUACAGAGCAGCCAGCGAGAGCAAGCCUAUCAAAAUUACUCUGACAGAUGGAAAGGUGGCUGAAGGGGAAUCUUGGAAAACCACACCAUAUCAAUUAGCUGUAGGAAUUAGUCAAAUGUUGGCUUCAAAUGCAGUCAUAGCCAAAGUGAAUGGUGAAUUGUGGGACCUAGAUCGUCAACUGGAGGGGGAUUGCACUCUGGAGUUGCUUACAUUUGAUAAUGAAGAAGCAAAAGCUGUUUAUUGGCAUUCAAGUGCUCAUAUUCUUGGAGAGGCCAUGGAAGGUUAUUUUGGGGGCUGCUUAUGCUAUGGACCACCAAUUGAGAAUGGAUUUUAUUACGACAUGUACCUUGAAGACAGGGGUGUAUCUAGUACUGAAUUCCCACUGCUAGAGAACCACUGUAAAAAUAUAAUAAAAGAGAAGCAGGCUUUUGAAAGGCUGGAAGUCAAAAAGGAGAUCCUCUUAGACAUGUUUAAGUAUAACAAGUUUAAGUGUCGUAUCCUUAAUGAGAAGGUGAACACACCAACUACCACAAUAUACAGAUGUGGUCCACUGAUUGAUCUCUGCAGGGGUCCACAUGUGAGACAUACUGGAAAAAUUAAGGCCCUUAAAAUAUUUAAGAAUUCCUCUACGUAUUGGGAAGGAAAAUCUGACAUGGAAACUCUGCAGAGAAUAUAUGGAAUAUCCUUUCCUGAUAAUAAAAUGAUGAAGGAAUGGGAAAAAUUCCAGGAAGAAGCCAAAAACAGGGACCAUAGGAAAAUUGGAAAGGAGCAAGAACUCUUCUUCUUUCAUGAUUUGAGUCCUGGAAGCUGCUUUUUCCUCCCCAGAGGUGCCUUUCUUUAUAACACACUUGUGGAUUUCAUACGAGAGGAAUAUCGUAGGCGUAAUUUUACUGAAGUUGUAUCUCCAAACGUCUUCAACAGUAAACUCUGGGAAGCUUCAGGGCACUGGCAGCACUACAGUGAAAAUAUGUUUUCCUUUGAGGUUGAGAAGGAAACUUUUGCCCUAAAACCAAUGAAUUGUCCAGGACAUUGCUUGAUGUUUGCCCAUCGUCCACGAUCCUGGAGGGAAAUGCCUCUUAGAUUUGCAGAUUUUGGAGUUCUUCACCGAAAUGAACUCUCUGGGACUUUAAGUGGUUUGACUCGUGUAAGGCGCUUCCAACAAGAUGAUGCUCACAUCUUUUGCACAAUAGAACAGAUUGAAGAAGAAAUUAAGGGCUGUCUUGAUUUCUUGAAGUCAGUGUAUGCAGUUUUUGGUUUCACCUUUCAACUCCAUCUUUCUACAAGACCAGAAAACUACCUAGGAGAGUUAGAGAUCUGGGAUCAUGCAGAAAAGCAACUUCAAAACAGCUUGAGUGACUUUGGAGAGCAAUGGAGUUUGAAUCCAGGAGAUGGAGCAUUUUAUGGUCCUAAGAUUGAUAUUAAAAUCAAAGAUGCUAUUGGCAGGUACCAUCAAUGUGCUACUAUCCAACUUGACUUCCAACUACCCAUUCGGUUUAAUCUUACUUAUGUUGGGAAGGAUGGCGAUGAUAAGAAAAGGCCAGUGAUUAUUCACAGGGCUAUUUUGGGAUCUGUGGAGAGAAUGAUAGCUAUUCUAGCAGAAAAUUAUGGAGGAAAAUGGCCAUUCUGGCUGUCUCCGCGGCAGGUGAUGGUUGUGCCUGUGGGACCUACUUCUGAAGAGUAUGCUCAGGAGGUUUGCAGCAAAUUUUUUGAAGCAGGAUUUACGUCAGAUGUGGAUCUAGAUCAAAGUUGCACAUUAAACAAGAAAAUUAGAAAUGCUCAGCUGGCCCAGUAUAACUUCAUCUUAGUGGUUGGAGAAAAGGAGAAAGCAAAUAAUGCUGUCAACGUGCGAACAAGAGACAACAAAGUUCAUGGAGAGAUUUCAGUAUCUUCUGCUAUUGAAAAACUCAAGAAAUUUAAGACUUCACAUACUCUAAAUGCAGAAGAAUUAUUCUGA